UUAGUUUUGUGCUCAUCACUAGAGUUAGAGUAAAUCAGCUGCCGUGUUCAUCUUCGUGUCUCGGCUAAAUUCUGCAAUUUUUGCAUAACAAAAACCAACAAAAUUGUUUGAUAGGCAAAACAAAACGUUAACUUACUGGCAACUGAGAAACGCGUUGGCAAACUAAACGAAAUGGGGCAGUACGCAGAGUCGCAGCGUAAGAAUGUGAGAAUUUUAUUGGUAGGCGAUCCAGGCGUGGGCAAGACAUCGCUAAUACUGUCGCUGGUAAGCGAAGAAUACCCAGAGGAAGUACCAGCGCGAGCCGAAGAGAUAACAAUACCGGCUAAUGUAACUCCCGAGCAAGUGCCCACAAAUAUAGUCGACUACUCCAGCAUGGAGCAGUCUGAUGAGACGCUGGCGGCGGAAAUAAACAAGGCACAUGUUGUAUGCAUUGUGUAUGCGGUCAAUGAUGAUGAUACAUUGGAUCGCAUUACAACACACUGGCUGCCGCUGGUGCGUGCAACAUGCAACAGUGCUGACGGCGAGCCCGACGUGAUGCGCAAGCCCAUUGUUCUAGUUGGCAAUAAAAUAGACACGAUUGAUUACUCCACUAUUGAUAGCGUGCUGGCCAUUAUGGAGGACUAUCCAGAAAUAGAGAGUUGCGUUGAGUGCUCCGCCAAGACGCUGCACAAUAUUUCGGAGAUGUUUUAUUACGCACAAAAGGCCGUGCUGCAUCCCACAUCUCCACUGUAUAUUAUGGAAGAUCAAGAUCUAACGCCUGCCUGCAAGAAGUCGCUGGUGCGCAUAUUCAAGAUAUGCGACAUUGAUAGCGAUAAUCUUCUUAAUGAUUACGAGCUGAAUUUGUUUCAACGUCGCUGCUUCAACACACCGCUGCAGCCGCAAAUACUCGACGAGGUCAAGGCCGUCAUACAAAAGAACGUGCCGGAUGGCAUCUACAAUGAUGCAGUGACACUAAAAGGUUUUCUCUUUCUGCACUGCCUGUUCAUACAGCGUGGUCGCAAUGAAACCACUUGGGCAGUGCUUCGACGCUUUGGCUACAAUGAUCAGUUGGAGAUGUGCCAGGAGUAUUUGCGACCGCCCUUGAAAAUACCACCAGGCAGCAGCACAGAGCUUUCACAUCGUGGCCAACAGUUUCUAAUUGCACUUUUUGAGCGAUACGAUCGCGAUGGCGAUGGCGCUCUAUCCCCAGAGGAACACAAAAUGUUAUUUAGCACUUGCCCCGCAGCGCCCUGGUCGUAUUCUACAGAUAUACGCAAGUCGUGUCCCACCAAUGAUGCGGGUUGGGUGACAUUGCAUGGCUGGCUGUGUCGUUGGACUCUGCUAACGUUGCUCGAUGUAGUCAAGACGCUGGAGUAUCUUGGUUAUCUGGGCUUCAGUGUACACGAAAAUGACAGUCAGCUGGCAGCUAUACAUGUCACUCGGGAGCGUCGCAUUGAUUUGGCCAAGCGUCAAAGCAGUCGCUCCGUCUACAAAUGCCAUGUAAUUGGACCAAAGGGCUCUGGCAAGACAGGUAUGUGUCGCGGUUUUCUUGCCGAGGACAUGGCCAAGCUAGUGGGCAAGGAGUUCAAGACGAAUGUGGUGCACUGCAUUAAUUCGGUGCAGGUCUAUGGCCAAGAGAAGCAUUUAAUAUUGCGCGAUAUCGAUGUGCGUCAUGUGCUGGAUCCGUUGCAGCCUCAGGAAGUCAACUGCGAUGUGGCUUGUCUGGUCUAUGAUGCCUCUAAUCCACGCUCCUUCGAGUAUGUGGCACGCAUAUACAUAAAAUACUAUGCGGAAAGCAAAAUACCCGUUAUGAUAGUGGGCACCAAGUGUGAUCUCGACGAGCGACGCCAGGACUAUUUAAUGCAACCAGCCGACUUCUGUGAGAAAUACAAACUGCUGCCACCGCAUAUGUUCAGCUUAAAGACCAACAAAAAGGAACUUUACACUAAGCUGGCCACUAUGGCAGCGUUUCCGCGUUUUCAAGCUGCCUGGAUACUGUUCUAUAGACACAGGUUGGUACAGCUUUGGGAAUCGGCACAUUUGCGGCAAUUUGGACUCAUGACGGAGGACCCCAAGAUUUGGAUUAAAGCUGGUCUGGGCGUCGCUGCUGCUACUGUGCUGGGAUUUAUAGUGCUAAGAGCCUUUGGCGUAGGUGGUUCUAAUUCACGUUAAGAGUUUAAUAUGCUUAGAGCCAUAUAACUUAAUAAUGAGUUUAGUUUCGUUUAUAAAAUACUUUUGGCGUUUUGUAAAUCAAAAUUUAUUGUGAAAAAAUACUAUGCAGUAGUGUUGCAAUGCGAAAACUUUAAUUUGCAGCAACUCAAUACUAAGUCAUGUACAUAUAAACGUUAAAAGCAAAUUAUUCAAUUAAAUGCCAGCAAAGUUUAUAGACAGAUUCCAAGAGCCGCUGAGUGUCAGGUCUGGAGCAAAGGCAGGGAAUUGGCAAAUUAAACUUAUGUUUGGCUUGACGCACGUUGCAAACGCAUUUCUAGGACUUACAUAUAGUAGUAUAUACUAUGUUGACAUAAAUAUAUAUAAUUUGUAAACUUUACUCUUCACUUUCGCCGUUAAGUCUAUAUAAUCAAUAUAUUUAUGACCAUCACGCAUGCAAUGUUGUGAUUACAUUUUGUAAACCCAAUGCAUAAACAGAAACAUAUACUCUACUAUAUAUUUACAUAUAUCUAUAGUGCUAUACAUUCAUACCUAUAGUUUGUGGUAUCUUUGUAAAUACGCGCAAAUUUCGCCUGAGCAAUAAA